UCAGACCAUAUAUGCGGUGAGAAUUCAAACACAAAAUUAGUUUAACUAUGAAGCGGCAGAGAUCAGAGGCGGCGGCGGAGAUGGCGGCGACGUCGGAGAUCAGGUCGGCGAUUGAAGAACUGUCUCUGAUGGCGGUUAAUUGCGGCGGCGAUGUUCAAAAACAGACAAGCGGUCGUGUUCCUCUCAAGCCUUUUCUGUCGAUCUGCAAUUUGCUCAUACAAGUUUUAGAUAAGAUAGGGCCGACGAUGGCUGUGCUGCGACAAGACAUGCAUCAAAACAUCGAGAGAUUAGAGAGGUUCCAUGAUUCAGAUCCUUCAGCGUACUGCGACGUGGUGGAGAUUUUGAAGAAAGAGGUUAGUGAAGGCAGAGCCAAAAAGGGCCCAACUUGCAGUAAAUCCUUCGUUUGGCUCACUAGGUCCCUGGACUUCAGCCUGAGUUUGGUCCAGCUGCUGCUGGUGGAUUUGGGAAGAAACAUGGACGAAGCUGUGGAGGAAUCUUACACAGCCACUUUAAAGCCAUGGCAUGGAUGGAUAUCUUCUGCUGCAUAUAAAGUGGCGCUGAAACUCCUGCCGGACAGUCAAACGCUGGUCAACAUACUGAAAGUCAAAGACCAAGACCAUGAGAAGCUGAAGGAAGAAAUGCAGAGCCUCAUCGCUUUACUCACACCCGUUUUGGAACAGAACAAAGAGAUCCUGAAAAUUUAUGGUUUAGACAAGCUCAAGUCAACCUGAAGAUCAAAGAAGAAGACAACUCAAAAAUUAGAAAAAAGCGAUAGUCUGAGUGUGUUGUACAGAGAGAUUUGGUGGGCACGGGAUCACUGGCCCCCUCCUCCUCGCCUCCAUUGUUAUAUAUAUAUAUACACUCUGUAUUAGAGAUGACUGAAGGAGCUACGCCGAGAGGGGGCCGAUGAUCCCAUGCUGAUUUAGUGUUGCUAUUUUCUUUUUCUAAUACGACUUCUUUUAUACAUAUAUAAAA